AUGUCCAAGGUGCACGGCAAGAGGUACGCCUACAAGUUCGACUUCCACGGGCUGAUGGCCGCGUGUCAGGCCCAAGCCCAGGGUCAGGGUGACGUUAUGCCCCCUUACCACAAGUACCAACCGCACCAGAGCGAGCUAGGGGCAGCGUUAUAUCCCACAACUCACACGGCUAACCCUAGGAUACCCAGCAUCCUACCAGCCACCACGCAACAUUCGCAACCUGGGUUGUUUGCACCGCCAAGUUACUGGCCGUACUCCCCGGGAAGCUUCGAUCCUCGGGGGCCCCCUUUCAACUGA